GGCGCCUUCGCCGUCCCGGUCGGCCCCCGCGUUGGGGGGGGGCCGCGGCCGGGUUGACAACGACUUCUACAUCGUGGGGAACGACUCGAGCCGCGGGGGCCGCAGACCCUUCGGUGCCCUGGCGGACUUCCGCAUCUACGCGCGCACGCUGCCGGACCCCGACGCCGAGAUCCAGGCCAUGCGGGCCGCGCGGGACCCCAACCGCCUGCCCGAGCCCAGCGCCGUCGUCCCGGACAGGACGAUCGCGCGCCGCCUCGCCGCCCUCGACGCCGCGGCCGUGCUGGCCCUCGGCCUCGACGUGCCAGACACCGCCGCGGAGUGCCUGCGCGCGCUGGGGAACCUGGCGUCGCUGCAGUCGCAGAGGGCGAGGAUCUACCAGCUGUGCGGUCGGAGGCUGCUGCAAAUGUUGGACUCUCCAUACAGCAUGUUGCAGCGGCAAGCCGCGCGGGUCCUGAACGCCCUGUCCUGAGGGGGCGCGCCCGGGGCCGCCCGCCAGUCCGGCGGCACGACGGCGGUCGCAAGAAUCACAAUGUGCGCGGCAGGGAAGGAGGG